GAUGACUCGAUGUGAGAAAUGACAUCGCUAAAGGUGAGUAAAAUAAUUUUUUUUUUGGAGUACAAUAAUGUUUUUUUUAGAAAAAAUGGACCGAAAUAAUGUUAAUAGAAUAAUUGCGAGUAGAAUGAGCAUAUAAUCAACCCUCUUUGCCACUUUAUUUCAUCUCGCCCCUAUUUGGUAUGUCAUAACCAAAAAUAGUUCCAUUUUUUAAAAUGAAAAAAGGUUAAUAUUUAUUUCAAAACGAACUUUAGAGUUUUUAGCAAUUUAUAUCUAUCCAAUUCCUUUUAUUGGAAGUAUGAUUAAAACGAAAAUGUUACCCAAAAUCGUACUGCGAGGAAAUGGAAAAUAACCUAAUCCCAUUCCCAAAAUCUAAGUCCUCCUGAAGCUGAUCCGUCCCUUCCGCGAGAUCUCAACGUGGAUCCCACUCUAUGUCUCUUUCAUGGAGUCCCUGUCAGCUUCAUUUAUGAUCAACCUCCCAAGGAGACAUUGACAGCAGGUUGCAGCAGCUACGUGGGCACCAUCGGUUUUCAACAACGCACCGUAGGUGUUCGACGAAAUGUCUCAUUUGACAAAUUGAAUCCCAUGAACAAUCAGAAUCACGUCAACUGGAAUACAACUUCUGGAAGACACCCAGAUAUCAGAAGAUGUGGAGACGAGUGGCUUCAGUUUCUCAUUUCACGUUUGCCCAUAAGUCCAUUGUCAACAAUAAGGAUGUUUGUAAAUUCAAGUUUUGGGAAGCAUUUACCACUGAAAUACCCAGAAAGGAAAAAGGUACCUUUCAAAGUGAUAAAACACCAUUCAUAACUUUUGUAUUAGGUGGUCCUGGAAGUGGUAAAGGUACACAAUGUGUGAAGAUAGUUGAGAACUUUGGAUUUACACAUUUGAGUGCUGGAGAUUUAUUAAGGAGGGAGAUAGCUUCUAACAGUGCAGAUGGCACCAUGAUUCUCAACACUAUUAAGGAAGGAAAAAUAGUUCCUUCAGAAUUGACUAUCAGACUUAUUCAAAAGGAAAUGGAAUCCAGUGACAAUUAUAAGUUUCUCAUUGAUGGGUUUCCACGGAGUGAGGAAAACCGGAUAGCAUUUGAACAAAUUAUCGGGGCAGAACCAGACAUUGUACUCUUCUUUGACUGCCCAGAAGAUGAGAUGGUGAAGCGGGUGCUCAAUCGUAAUCAGGGAAGAGUUGAUGACAACAUUGACACAAUCAAGAAAAGGCUGAAAGUUUUUGCUGCAUUAAAUCUUCCUGUAGUCGAACAUUAUCUGGAGAAGGGAAAGCUUUACAAGAUAAAUGCAGUUGGAACAGUGGAUGAAAUAUACAAACAAGUUUAUCCAGUUUUUGCAUCAUUCAAUUUUGAGUUAUGAUAUCGACCAAGUGCUGUAAUCAGUUGUUGAUCAGCUCCCAAAUGUUGUUUAAUCACUUGUAAGCCAUUAAUUUUGUUCAGCAGCAGGUAAGAGCAUGAAAAGUGUUGAUUAUAAUCGCCUUAUGUCAUGGAUAACGUGGAGCAUGAUCUUGGUUUGUGCUUGGAGUACUCUUCAUUUCAGUUGAAGAUCACUGUGAGUUCAUUUCCUGAUUACUAAUUUUCUUCAAGAAUGUAAUAUAACUGAACACAUCAAGUACAGCAUUGGGAAUUUCUUCUAUUUAUAGGGUCCAAAAAGUUAUCUCA